AUGUCAUUUUCCUCUCAACCAUCGCAUCGGCCUCUGGCAGGUUCGCAAAGUGCAGCGGAGGAGAAUCUGAUCAAUCAGUCACGCGAGACUGGUGAAGUCGUUCCAAGUUCAGAGUCACAGAAUGCUCGACAGAUAACAAAGGGCGAGCCCACUGCUAAGCCAUGGGCUCAUUUUGUGGCGGGAGGGCUCGGUGGCAUGACGGCAGCGACCUUGACUUCACCUUUAGACGUCCUGAAGACCAGAUUACAAGGCGACUUCUACCAAACUCAACUUAAGCAGCUACACGCUCAGCAUGCUGCACCUCCUCGAUCUGCCCUGAUACGUGUGCCUCGAGCAGCGUUUGUCCACCUCCAAGAAACUGGUCAGAUGCUAGGAUCAAUCUAUCAGCAUGAGGGCUUUCGCGCACUCUUCAAAGGUCUGGGUGCGAACUUGAUUGGUGUGGUGCCGGCUCGAUCUAUAAACUUCUUUGUCUAUGGGAAUAGCAAAAGGAUAUUGAAUCAGCAGUUCAAUCCAGAUAAUAAGGAAGGUAUAUGGAGUAUACAUAUCGCGGCAGCAGCAACAGCUGGUAUCGCAACUGGAACAGCCACAAAUCCAAUAUGGCUGGUAAAGACUCGAUUACAAUUAGAUAAGAACAGAGCAAGCGAUGACCCUACUCGAAGCAGACAAUACAAGAAUAGCUGGGAUUGUGUGAGACAGACCGUUCGUCAUGAAGGUAUCCGCGGUUUAUAUCGCGGCCUGACAGCAUCUUACCUAGGCGUCACGGAGUCGACCAUGCAAUGGGUUAUGUACGAGCGCAUGAAGCUAGGGCUAGCACGACGUGAGGCUCGAAGAUUAGCAACGCCAGGUUACCAACGAACUCUCUUUGACGACGUAGAGGAAUGGGCGGGAAAGUUUUCCGCUGCCGCAGGAGCCAAACUGAUCGCUGCUGUUGUUACAUAUCCUCACGAGGUUGUGCGUACACGGUUACGGCAGGCUCCGACUGUGAUCACCGACACCGGAAAGGCGACAGUAAAAUACACUGGCUUAGUUCAGUGUUUCAAGCUUGUCGCCAAAGAAGAAGGAAUGGCUGGUCUAUACGGCGGUAUGACUCCUCAUCUACUACGAGCUGUACCAUCUGCUGCGAUUAUGUUUGGCGUUUACGAGGUCUUCUUGAGGGUUUUCGGCACAACUGCAUGA